AUGGCGGAAAACCUGCUUAUCCUCAUCUCUGUAAUAAUGUGCCUUUGUCAAUUUAAUAGAGUUGACGCAGAGGUAACCUUUGUGAGUUCUACUUGUGUUAAUGGUGCUAAUUACACUAAGAACAGCAUAUAUGAAAAGAACCUCAACCUCCUAUUCUCCGAACUUUCUACCAAAACCUCAACUCACAACUUCUAUAAUGCCACUUCCGGCAAAAUCCCCGACAAACUUUACGCCCUCUAUCAAUGUCGAACAGAUGUGAGCGCAGAAAUAUGCAAUGAGUGUAUUAUUGCCGCGACAAAUCAAAGUGUGCACUCUUGUCCAUCUGCUAAAGAAGCAUAUGUGUGGUAUGAAGAAUGCAUGUUAAGGUACGCAAACCGUUCCAUUUUUUCCUCCGCCGAGACAUCUCCAGGGCCUCGAGUGUGGUCGUUACGCAAUGUGUCAAAUUAUGAUGCGUUAGCUCCAGUAUUAGCAGCUAAACUUGAUAGUGUUAUUAGUCGGGCCGCGGUCGCUACGCCUUUCGGACACUUUGCGACCGAGGAUGGUAACUGGACAUUAUUCGACAGUGUGUAUUGCCUGGCGCAGUGCACGCCCGAUAUUGAUGGCUUUCAUUGUAAGAAUUGCUUGACAAGGGCUUUCUACUAUGAUUAA